AUGGCAAAACUCACUAAUGAUGCCGGCGAAACGUUUGGGAAUAAGUCACAGCGUGAAGUUGAGCUGGCUGAAAUGCGUGAAUCACGUCGGAUUCAACGUUUGGCUGAUCUAGAGGCUAAGACACGUAUCCUUCGUCAGAUCGAGGACGAUCGUCUUGAGAAAGCCGAGCGUGAUUGGAAUUCAGGAAUCUUAUCUUCAAGCCCAGCAAAUGCCGCUGUUUCUGAAGCCAAGAGCUCUGGUAGAGAAGAAGAUGGUCCAGCAAAUAUACUUCAACAACGCAACUUGGCUGUCAAUUUAUCCAAUACUACUUGUACAGAUACACGACUCCAACUGCGCUUAACCCAAGGUGGAUACCUGAUUGCAACUUUUCAUGCUAAUGCCUGUCUGGCUCGAGAUGUACGCGAUUGGAUUACAAAGCAGACUCAGCAGCCUGCAACAAGUAUCACUUCCUCACAUCCUGCCACAUCAGCCUCUCAAGAUGUAAUAAACGGCCUUAGAAAUCUUAUCUCGACGGGCUACACCUUUCGACAACUACGUCCGGCGAGAUUUGCUGGUCUGAAACGGUAUUUUUUUUUAUUCACAUCUCCGUUAUUUUUUAUACUUUGUGACCUGAUGGAAAUCAUUAUCCGAGAUUUUAUCUAUAUGAUUAGGCAUCAUUCUUAA